GAGUGCCCGGGGACAGGGACAGCCGUCGCGCUCGGACCUCCGCCGGGACCCCUUCCGAAAGGGUGUGCACAGCCAUGGAGGGCGCAGAGCUGGUGGGGAAGAUCCUUUUCACCUGGCUGCCGCUGGUGCUCAGCCUCAUCCUCCUGCCUUCGGCCUUCGGGGUGUCUCUGGGCAUCUCCGAGAUGUACAUGAAGAUCCUGGUGAAAACUUUCGAGUGGGCCACGUUACAAUUUGAAAAAGGAGUCCCAAAGGAGUCAGUUCUUAAAAACUCAGCUUCUGUUGGUAUUAUCCAAAGAGAUAAGCCACCAAUGGAAAAAGGUCUCUUUGGUCUGCGAGGAAGGGACUUUGAGCUCUUUUAUUUCUCCAAGAAGGGAUUGGAAGCCAUUGUGGAAGAUGAAGUGACCCAGAGGUUCUCCUCAGAGGAGCUAGUGUCAUGGAAUCUCCUCACAAGGACCAAUAUAAAUUUCCAGUACAUCAGUCUGCGGCUCACCAUGGUGUGGGUGCUGGGCGUCAUAAUACGCUACUGUGUCUUAUUGCCUCUGAGGGUUACCUUGGCUUUCAUUGGGAUCAGCUUGUUGGUUAUUGGAACGACACUGGUUGGGCAGCUUCCAGACAGCAGUUUAAAAACCUGGCUAAGUGAGCUGGUCCACCUGACCUGCUGCCGGAUCUGUGUGCACGCCCUCUCUGGGACCAUUCAUUAUCACAACAGGCAGUACAAACCCAAGAAGGGAGGCAUUUGUGUUGCCAACCAUACUUCCCCAAUAGAUGUUUUGAUCUUAACAGCGUAUGGAUGCUAUGCUAUGGUUGGCCAGGUUCAUGGUGGAUUGAUGGGAAUUAUUGAGAGAGCUAUGGUUAAGGCUUGCCCACAUGUCUGGUUUGAACGCUCAGAUAUGAAGGAUCGACACCUGGUUACUGAGAGACUACGAGAACACAUUGCUGAUAAGAAAAAAUUACCCAUAUUAAUCUUUCCUGAAGGAACUUGCAUCAAUAAUACUUCCGUCAUGAUGUUUAAAAAGGGAAGCUUUGAAAUUGGAGGAACCAUAUAUCCAGUUGCAAUUAAGUCUAACCCUCGGUUUGGUGAUGCCUUUUGGAACAGUAGUAAAUACAACAUGGUGAGCUACCUGCUUCGAGUGAUGACCAGCUGGGCCAUCGUCUGUGAUGUGUGGUACUUGCCUCCCAUGACGAGACAGGAAGGAGAAGAUGCAGCCCAGUUUGCUAACAGGGUUAAGUCUGCUAUUGCUAGACGAGGAGGACUGACUGAGCUUCCCUGGGAUGGUGGGUUGAAGAGAGAUAAGGUGAAGAACACUUUUAAGGAAGAGCAGCAGCAGAACUACAGCAAGAUGAUUGUUGGCAAUGGGUCCCUCAACUCUGAAUCCGACUGACUGCCACCCUGGAGAUAAAGUUUGGCUUCCCAGACUAGCCCUUAGAAUGGAGUGUGUGUGUGUGUGUGUGUGUGUGUGUGUGUGUGUGUGUGUUUGGGGGGGCAUUGUUUUCUUUUAUUGUUUGUUUUUUUAUUGUAAACAUUUUCUACUGGAUGAUGGUCUCUACCUUUUUAUGCCAGAGGCAGAACCCUUUGGUAUCCUUUUGUUGUUGUUGGAGCAUUAGCCUCCUGGAUUGUAAGGUAGUUGACCGAGUUUAAACAGAUUCUGCCUUCUGUACGAUGAUUCUGUCAUUGAAUGAAUACUUCUACAGGAAAAAGUACUUGAAAAACAUUUUUGGAACUCUUUGUGUUUGGAGUCAUUGAUAUGUAUCCCAAACUCUUUUUUUCCUGAUUAGCUUUCUCAUGCCAUUUUUUAACCUCUUCCUUCAGUCUCUUAAACAGUGGGGUCAGGUUAGCAUCAGGGCUAUGUUCUCCUGCAAGCCUGAAAAGAAAAAUGGAGGGCAGUAUUUAGGAGAAAGGACAACUCCGUGGCCAUCUGACCUGAAAGCCAAAUGACAAUGUUAAUAUUUUUUACUAGUGUGUUUGGAGAGAAAUACCAUUUGGUGAGCUUUACCAAAGAGAAGUGAGUCCAAGUUACUGUGUGAGUGGGUUUAUAUGUAGGCACAUUGUCAAUAAAUGCAUUUAGCCAGAAACUGGUGAUAACGUUUUUAGUUUUCCUGGUUUGUAUGCUAAAGAUAUGCACCUAGCACCUCUCCCAUCUACUAUAACCAAACACAUUUCAAAUAGGAGGAGCCUUUUAUAAUAACAACAAAAAUCACAUUU